AUCAGUACCCUCUGUUACCUGAACUGUCUUUUUUGCUGGGCCUAUCAUUGAGCAGGUGAGUUUUGGCAAUAUAUUUCUAUAAUCAAGUGAUUUAUGUCAUUUGGUUUGUCGAAUCACACUGUCUUGUGUUAUAUUUCACAUACAAAUGUAGGAAACGCCUUUGCGUAUUUCAAGCAUGUCCAGUCAGAAAUAGUUGUCUUAAGCCAAGUUGAUCAGCGCUCUUUUCGUCUAUCAUGGUGUUCUUUCUUCACUUCUUCAGAUUACGUUCUGCAUGUCUCAGCAUGAUUUUGAUAAGAAAAAUUCGAUACGAUAAUUUUAACUUAGCAUUAAGGGAGAUUCAAAUCUCAAAUUUGCAUUGAUUACAACUAGAAUUAUAUAACUCCUUUACGUGGAAGUUAGCACAUUUGGUUAGCAGCAUGGCAGACAAAAAGUUACACAUGACUUUGCGUUCAUUGAAAAAACAGACAAUUGCAUACUUUUCUUUUAAAAUGCUGUGAUAAUGGCAAAAGACAAAAGCGACUUCUGAAAAGUUGCUGGCGAACUUCCCGUGAGGAGAAGGUGGGAUUUUUAAUUUAUACAUAAAACCCGAACUGAAAUGAAAGCAAACGAUUAUUUCAUUGGACAUGCAGCCAUCGCUUCUCCACUUUUUUUCCAACGCCUGAGCAGUGAAUUCUGGACUUAAAACGUGUUUGACCAGUCCUCCAUGAUUACCCAUACAUCUUAUUUAAAUAAUGUGUCAUUUUUAUUUUCUUAAUUUGUCUCUUCUUGCUGCAAAAUGCAAUAUUGACGUAUGAACAUAAACCGCCAUCAUUAGAAUGCUGAUACAAGAAAAUUGCGAAACAGACGAUUUACUAUUUACGUUGAAAUCAACUUUUAAAAGACUUCACAAACAACACUCUUGUUGUUUUGACUAGAAUUCGGCUUUAUCUCUGUAUGCUUUAAAAUCUUAAAAUGACUGUCUUGUGCUCUGAUCUGAAACGGAGAUUUCGUUAAAAAUCACUGAACCCAACCAACUCUCAUUUUCUUAUCAGUGUGGCGAUAUUUUGCGGUUUAAUGAGUAGCAAUAGUCACUCCUGCAGUCCGUGUAAUGGAAAAUAACAUGACAAACCGUGGCAACUGUCGCUAAUAAGCCGGCUGGGCUUAUACCUCUUUGUAUGGGGUUUUAGGCGGGAUCAUAAAAGGAGAGGCUUUUAUCCGAGGGAGCGUACAACCGGACCGAAACAAGAUACAGCAGAGCUUAGGCAAAUACGUUUUGCAUUUACUGGGCAUUUCAUAAAACCUCCAAACGUCAUAAUAAAUGGAAUCCAUAUUUCGAUACAAGCUAGAAGAGGGGGCUUAUAGCCGGGAAGAGCUUAUAAUCGGAUGCAUUCUUUUUGUAUAAAGGUAGGAAACUCAUUCUUCGUCUUUUCCUCGGGCUAGAUUGCCUAAGCAUCCAACCAUCAUAACGAGUCACUGAUUUGCCAUUAUUUCUGCAGCGUUUAAAGGAAAAAUAAUUUCCGUUCGCUUGAGCGUGGUGAAAAACGUAAAUUUGGUUUUAUCAACUGUGUUACUAAUUUUAAAGAUGAAUCCCCUUUAAGUCUUUAAGGAAACGAAUCUUUGCAAUUGGUUUCAGUCUUUGAACGUUAAUGGUUUCCCAGGAGCUUACCUCAGCACCGUUUCUCGAAAUUUCCGAUAAUUACCUAUGGUCGGCCGUUACCACCAAAAAUACAAUCAUGUUAAAUAGCACAGACAAAAGGCAUACGGUCUAGUGACUGCCUGUGAAUAUCGGCAUUGCAGAUGUCUGGCAAGAAUCGCAAUCGCCUUGAAUUGUCGCUCAGUCUUUGGACAGAUCCAGUAUACAAAAUCCGUCUGAGCAUCUCUGCCUGCUAAACAAGCUAUUACAGUUGGUUCUUUUCCAGUUUUAACGUGAAGUUGCUACAUGAUUGGUGUAAUUUUGAUCUUCCAAAGCUUAUGACAGCACAGGUGCCCCAAGCUCGAAAUAUGACCAUCGGCACUGUUGCGUAACGUUCAAAAUAUAAGGAUUUGUAUGGGAGAGAAACAAUUGUUUCUGUAGCCUACGAAUGUAAAAGGAAUUAAAUAAAUAUCGACUAACCUUGCUUACUCUUGUGUUUCUUCCUUCCUGUGUGGUUUCCCAGCCGAGUUAUGGCCAUUUAAUAGGGGGUUAUUGGAGCCGGUUUGCUCUCUCUGGGCUCUCUCUAGAAUUUGGAGAGGAAAACCGUUUACAGUACAACCCAUAAAACGGCCAUGGAUCGGCCCAUGGGUCACACAGGAGAGACGUAACACACAUUUUAUGUAAGGUAAACUGUUUUUUAUUGGCUUUAUUAAAAUCCUUUCAUUUUCGUAGGUUACAAAGGAACGAUAGGUUUCAUAUUUCGAAUGUUACGCAACGAUGCCGAUGCUCGCCGAUGCUCAUACUUCGAGCUUGGGCUACCUAUGAUGCCAGCAGAACCGCAUUUCCCUAUUUCCUUAAUGCCUGCAUCAUGUUUCAUUUUGCCUCUCGCUAAGACACUCCAGGAUACACCCCAAUAAGUUACACAUGAUAUAUGGCUCAGCCAGUGACUAAAAGGGGGUUUUUAAUUUUAUAACAGGCGUCCCUUACCCUCUCUCCCUAAUCCCCCUCCCGUUUUCCUUUCCUCCCUAUCCCCUACCCCUUUCAACGCUGACACCUUAGAAAAGCGGGUGAGGGGCUCCUGGCGGGUGGAGUAUGAUGUGGAGGAUUCUUCGUUUUGACUGAGCAAAUGUCAUCAUGUCAUGAGGCCGAUAUGUGUCCUGUGCAUUGAUUUCCUGUGGUUUUUGUCUCUAUCUGAAUUUGACCUUUGAAGCAGUUAAAUAGAGAAUUAUUUGACCUCUCCGUUAAGCUUUUUAUUGAGGCUAAAUGAUCGUUUAGUAAAGGUUUUAGUUUCUUCAAUUUGGAGUAACUGUAGAAUACCCUGCCUAGAUCCUAAAUAACGUGCUACAUGUAGUUAGUUGUUCUGUCCGUGUCUCGGAUUUUCUGCUAAUGUUUUGUUACGCUUGGCCUGGCUCGUUUGCAGGUCAGUUUCGUAUUACACCGCUCUUGCUAAUUGGGUAAUGAAAUAUUUCCAACCAAGGUUUCAAAAGUGGGCGACAUGCAAAACUCAUAAGAAAGGUGGCAGACGGGAUUUUCCCUCUCGGCUUCGCCGCUGGCAUUGCCUGGCGGCUCCUCCGCAAGGAACGCAGGCUAAAACUAAUAAAUUUUGCUUUCUUGCGUCACACUGGUUUUCCGAGUGCGACCAUCUGUUUAUUUGUAAAAUUAAUCUCUUGACUAUAAUUAUAUUUGGGCAGGGUUCAUAACAGAGAGUAUCACGGCCAGCAACAAGCAGCGCAUGCUCAACAAAGUCUUACUCGAUUCAUGUAGUCGCUUCAAUGUUUUAAAUUUCCCUCAUUCGCAGAAAUGGAAUAAGUCUUCUUGCAGGAAUUUUGGAACCCAUGUCGCCGUUUCAUUGUUUUGGGACACCAAUAUGGUCGUCAUGUGAAAACACUCUAUUAGAGACCCUUACGAAAUUAGAACGGCAAUAGGUUUAGUUAGCAAAAGAACAACUCUGCACGUGCAUCACGCUUUUUUGAACAUUUCUUUGCCGUCUCUGCACAACUACAACGUAAAAUGAACAAAUUUUAAGUUUUUUUGAGGAAGGGAAAGACAAGGCGAUAAAUUCUGCCAUCUCUGUCUGAACUCGGGUGCGGCCCCCUAUCUUCAGUUCCAGCCUAAAUUCCUUUCUUUUAAGUAACAGGGCGACUUGGGAAAAUCGCGAAAUGGUUUGAAAGGAUGCGGAGUCUAUUUUUCAGUGACAUUUUCAUGGACGUCGCCAAGGUCUCUAGUGACAGUUCCAUUUCUAAGCACAGGAUAAUCAAAUCUAAAACACAAACAGUGGUGAAAAAAAUAGUGAACUUUUGCAAUUUUGUAUAAACUUAACGUUUCGGCUCUCGUCAACGUACGGCAAUUUCAAAAGUUAUUAAAAGUGAUCGUCACAGAUUAUAAUGAAUUUUUUAUGCAAAAUUGACAAGGUUUCUGGGAAUGAGAUUAAGAAAAUUCUCAACAAUAAAAUUGUAACUUUGUAUAAAUAGUUUCAUCAUAAUCUGUAAUUGUCUCUUUUGAUCACUUUUGAAAACGCACAUAAAAAAUGGAAACGUUCACAAUGCUUAUGAUCGCCGCUGCUUGUGUUUCACUUUUGAUCAAGCCAUGAUGGACCAAGAACAAAAGUCUUCAGGCUUAGCAUACUUUUUUGAGUAAAAAAAGUGUCAUUUUCAAGGAAACUCUUAAUAUGUUGUAUGAUUUUCUUUAGUUAAAGACGCGAUGAAAACAUUGUUGAUUUUGGCUGUAAUAAUUCUGGGCGUGUUUUCGCGUAAGUAUGAUUAACUCUUCAUUGUAUUUUAGAGAAUAAUAUAGAAGCAUUUUACCCCAACCAAUAUACUUGACUGUACCCUUCUUAACAAACAUUUCCUUUAUUUCCGAGGAAGAAACAGCCAAGGCAUUUUUAGGUUUUUUUCGCAUUAAGCUAUAAUUAUUCUCUGUUAAAAAUGAAGUAACCUCGUUAAUACGAUCAUCAACGUGGUCGUAUCAAAACGAAUUUUGUCUUACCUUUAGACCGAAAGAAUAUAGUCCUAAUCACGAGGUAUUCGUUUUUAUGGGUAAUAGCAGAAGCUUGCCGCCGGGACACUAAAAACUGGAAAAAGGAAAUAUGAUCAUAUUUCAACAACCUUUAGAGAACUUGUCUGGGUGGCUUGCAAAAAAGGAGAUAUCCCUGCUUCGUGAUGUAUCCAUGGUUUUCUGAAAUUUUACAUUUCCUUGCUGCAAGUUACUUUGAGCCCAUGUUGGUUAUGUGUUGGUCCUUAGCUCCAAAACGAGCACCAAAUAUAUAUAUCUUACAAGAACGUCAGCAAAAGGUUUUCUGAGUAUGCGGUAUUAUAUAUCAGCGGUACUGAACACAACCUCAUAGUAUCACAGGUUAAGCACUUUAACACUGAAAAUCCACAGUCACAAUACAACAGAAAGGUGAAGGAUCACUUGAACACUGCAUUUAGGAGAAUCUAGGCAGUACAGAGAUCAUUUUUCUAUCGAUCAAUAGCAUCAUGGAAUAACGUUAAACGAAGACACCAAGAUCAGUAUGAACAUUGAUCUUUUUAAACGUCCUGCCCGUAGGGAAUUUGACUUAAUGUUUUCAAGAUUAUAUUGAUCGUUGCAAUACAUCUUUAUGAUAAUUAGUAUUUAUAGAUAUAAUUAUUAGAAAUUUUAGUACCGUACAUAAUUAGGUUUUUCUGCUUCUUGCAACUGAUUUUAAAUUUACCCUAAAUGAAACAUGUUAAUAAAGUUAUUGCAUUGGAUUGUAUAGGUUCAUCUGGCCAAGACCUAAAUUACCAAUCGAAAAGAUACACAGUCAUUAACGAAGUCAAAGUUUCAAAUAAGUGAAUGGCCUGUUUCUUUAAACACUACAAUAACGAGAUGCCCGGCCUCGAAAAUAAUUUUUUCCGUCCUGUGGGCCUCAAUUUGGCCAACCCAAACAAGAUUGAGCCAAAAGUCAUAAUGGGCUCUUGAUUGAGCUCCCCCGGGGUGCCCUCCCUCGAUCUAGCCUUCUAUUAAUGUUCUUUUAGCCUUUGUCUUUCUUUCUUUCUCGAAGUUAAAUAUAAGUUACCUUCACUGAGACUUUUACAUUUCUGUCAUCUUUGCCAGUAAUACUUUAAAUAUGGCUCAUGAUGUUCCCUUUCAGAUGUUGAUAUCGAUCAAGUACAAGGUAAGUGAAACAAUAGGUUGAUGUCCCAAAUUUAUUCCAUGUACGCGCUUCCGAUGUGCUUACAACUGAGCUUACGAAACAAAUCGUUAUUAUCAUUGCUUAGUAUCAGUGGCAGUUGUAAGUUUGCUGCCGUGACGGUUGUCGAGUCGUAAUCCGAUCUGGAGAACAAUUCACCAAGUCCGUUUCAUUGUCGUGUUUGAUACUGGUUAUAGCUUUGUUAUGAUCACUUUUCCCGAAGGAAAAUAACAAAAAUUUCACUGUGAAGACCUGUGAAGAAUUUCGAAUUCGACUGUCAUGAUUUCGCGGUCUCUUUAGCUGUCUCUUGUUACAGGAUAUUCACGAACUAGGGGCCUUUUUUAUCUUUUAAAAUUAGCGGUUACAUGGAAACAUUGAAAAGCAACUACAACACAACAACAGAAAUAACAGGAAAACGUAAAAUCAUAUUUUGCGUCCAAAAAACCACGUACAUCGAUCGAAUUUAUAUUAACUUACAAGUUAAUGUAAAUAAAGCUGUGCAUAGUUCUUAAAGUGAUAAGUGAUUGCAACUUGUUGGAUAAAUCGUCCAUGAUAAAUCCGGUGUUCAGGCGAAUGUUGGCCCCAGUCUUGUUCAUUUGAAUUCAAAAUUCGUCUGAAAACUGGAUUUAUAUCUCCAUCUUACGGAGAUAAUUUGUUUCUAGUAUAAAUUCGGCCACUGUAUGAGGUGCGUAAAAAGUUACAAGAUUGUUCCAAAUUCGUACAAACUAAGCACGGAAAAAGUCAUGAGCGCGCAAUAAAAAUGAGGAGAAAACUGAUCAGGUGCAAGCCAGCAUGCCACGUGGCGUCAAGCUCUUAAAAUUCCGAGCUAGGUUAGCUUUACAUGUUUUUGUGACCACGACCAUGUGCUCAUAUACGAUUUUAUAAUGACCCUCAGACUGGAGAAGAACACAAACACCCAAUUCUGCGUUAAACUUAAGAAAUCGGGAACGGAGACUUUUGAAAUGCUAGGCCUACGGAUAUGAACCAACCCGGUGAGGUGUUCUGAGUGGUACUCGCACUUCUUGAGUAGAGGAACAUCAUUAGAGGAUGACGAGAGUUCAGGGCGACCAUCAACGACAAUAACCACUGAAAAUGUCUAAGAAAUUGCUAGAAUUUUGCGUCACCAUCAAAGAAGUUGCUGAUAUUGUUAACGUGUCAAAUGGAUUAGUUCGGGCCCUCCACAUAAUCACGUCCACUUUGAACAUGCAUUGCGUCUCAAUUCUCGCCCAGGCUCUCACCGCCGAGCAGAGGCGGCACCGUGUUGAAAUCUGCGUAGACUUUAACAGGCUUAAGGUGAUCCAACCUUUAUUUCCAGGAUGAUCACUGGCAGUCUACAGGCGGCUCUAACCUAGAAAUAACAGCAGACCCUAACAUCUCCAAGACCAAACUGGAGAAGGCAGGGCAGGUCAGGAGCUCGAACAAAACUACGCUCGUCACUUUUUGUGACUUCACGGGGUUGUUAACCGCAAAAUCGACCCUUAAGGACGCACUAUCUGAUUGAUGCCGAAUUUUAGUUUCCCUUCUGUGGCGUCUGAGAGAGGACAUUCGGCGCCAACAACCUGAAUUGUGGCGCGUGGGAAUUGGAUUCUUUAACGUAACAACGCCUCUGCUCACAGUGUGUUGAAAAUGCGGGGUUUACUGUGCCACACCAACACGAUCGUUGCUCCACAAUACUCCCCCCCCCUCCUCCCUCCCAACUAUCCAUAGAGGUCACUCCCUGCGACCUCUUCCUCCUCCGCACGAUAAAAUGUUUGUUUUCUUUUUUCAUUUAGGUAACUGUUCUGAGAAAAUGGAUAUAGCUGUCCUGGUUGACACUUCAAAAAGCAUGACAAAAGAGCAAAGAAGUAUACUAGCUAAAUUGAUUUACAGAUUCAUAGACAAAUACCCAGUCUCUCCUAAAGGAAACCAUUACGCUUUUAUGACCUUCGACCAUUACGCAAGAAUCCACAACAAGUUUAAUAGUCAGAGCCGCUACAAUCAAAAGGCCCUUAAAGGCUUGAUCGAAGAGAAAAUCCGUAUUUCAAAAAGUCUAAAAUGGGGAACUCGUUCAGAUAUUGCUUUAUACCGGGCAGCGAAAGAGCUGUUUACUAAAGAAGGAGGAGACAGAGCAGAUGCAAAAAACAUCCUUCUUGUCUUCACGGAUGGACUACAGUAUAUAGCAGAAAGGGAUAAGGAACCCUUCAAAAAUUUUUCACAGAGCACAGAAAAACUGGAGGUAAGUCAUUAUUUUCUUGAUUACUAUUAAAACCCUAAAUAUGCCCCUUUCGAUUUACACAACCCCCUAAAUAACCUCUGACAAAAACCGUCUCCGUGUAUAAGCCCCUGACAUACGUGAGAGCCCCUUAUAUCAGGAAACUUUUUGCUGUUAAGUCAGUUUACAUUACCAGUAACAAGAGGAAACGUUUCUAACAUAGUUUAUCAGAAAUACAUGCUCAGCAGUUUUUGAAACGCGAAUUUCCUCCCACGCCCAUUUAGGGAGGUAACAAUAAAGUAUGUAAGUGUAGUAUGUAAGCCUCUCCAUAGAAAAGCCCUUCCGAUUGCAAGCCACUCGUGUUGAAAAACGUGAUUAAAAGGGCAUCGGAAUUUCCGCUCAUUCAUCACUUGCAGUUGUAUUUCCAUAAAUUACUAAAUUAUCUAGUUUUGUUUAAAAUAAUUGUUUUGUGCAUUGAUCUUUGCCUCCUAUCAUGUACAAGUUUGUACUUUAAUUUUUUUAAGUGAUCUUUUAGAGGAAAAAAUAACCGAGAAUGAGAGACGACAAUAGCAAGAAUUGCGAGAGCCUACAUUCAAAGAGAAAAGUUUUUCUCGUAAAAAAGUGAAAAACCACCUCGGAAAUUGGGGUGGAAUAGUUUCGUGUAUUUUUCUGUCGAUGAAGAGAAUUGUGAAAAGCCUGCUAGACUACAGCGGAAGGGGCAAAACAGAACAAGAUGUAAGCUGUUAAAAGUUGUGCUUUUUAUCCGAGCUACUUUGUCCUCUAAAUGAGCAUACUUAAGCUUAUAUUCAAAUCGGUCAUUUCACUUAAAUUCAUUCAUUUUUAAGUGUGUAUUCAGAACAAAAAGUCAAUAUUACUAACAAAAGUUUUUAAUAAUAAGGUGAUGCUUCGUUUCGAUUCGUUUAAUUUGUCUUUCCGCGGUGCAUGUGUAGCAGCAAAUCUUAGCGUUUUGGAAAGAUUCGUAAUAAAAAGGCCGCCAAAAUGAUGGAUGUCUUAGUAUGUAUACAACAAACACAAUACCGCGUGGAAAGUGCUUUGAACGGUAUAUACGCACUCGUUUUUGUACCAGAAAUCUCCGUUAACAACUCGUGCGUAAAUGCCGUACGCCCGCACUUUCCAUGAAGUAUUUGCGUUCGAGGUACGAGAACGCAACCCCUAAUUUGUGUUGGGUGUUCUGAGCAUUAUCGGGUGACCUGUGCAAUUAAUAAGGGAGGUUUUUUGAGAUUUCAUCUUCGUUCGUCGUCGUCGUCGACACACAUUUGCCUCGCUUUGAGGCGCUUGCUUAAGUUUUGGCUCACUUUGACGCGCUAACUCAUGUGGUGAUUCUUGUGUCCUCGGCGUUCAUCUUUCAAAGGUUUGCUAAGGUCUGAUAUUCUUCGUAAAGCGUUCAAAUGUUAAAAAGUGUGCUGAGUCUUCGUAAAGCGUACAUCGAUCUGUGAUUGCUGAAUCGUCUAAAGCGUUCAUCUUUCAGGAGUUUGCUGUUAAAUUUUACUUUGGAGUAAGCCUUCAUAUUUUUCAGCAUGAUUCGUCACUGUCUUUGGAAAAUGUCUGCGACUACUGGUGCAUGCAUCAAACCGGGUUUAGUUCGGCGGCCGUUAUGCCACAAAGUAAAUUUACCGAGUUGUGUGGCUCGGCGGCCGUUUUGUCACAAAGCAAAUUUACGAGUUGUGUAGCUCGGCAGCCGUUGUGCCACAAAGUAAAUCUACCGAGAAGUGAAGCUCGACGGCGCCAUUUGACCAUGACUUGUGAUAUUUUCGGCACCGGACAAACGAACACUUUAACUCUAUGUUAUUUAUUAGGAAAAACUUAUAAAUUAGCCCAGAGUAGCACCACUCUCGAGUCACUGAAAUCAACACGCUCGACCAAAUUACUGGAAAAGUUAUUGACGUGAGCCGCAUACACGUUCCAUUGAAGGCUUUGAUAGGGUUAGUGCGAAGUUUGAAUUCAGAUGUGAACACUUUUAAACCAGUAAAUUCAAUGUAAUUCAUUUUGUCAACAAGUUGAUGAUUGGAUGCUGUUAAAAAUAACAGAGAAAAUUAUCCGAAGAAAUGUUUUUGAAGAAAGAAAAAGAAUCCCGGGUUAAGAACUAAUCCGUCUCUGAGAAACUGCGCCCUGUAACUCGCGCCAGUAAAACAAAAUGUUCCAUUUACAUGUCCGACGCUGGCCAAUGUCUCCUCCGAUUCAAAGCACUUGACACCGAACCAUACGAUAUCUUUUGAAAACGUCCUUAAAAUGAUACACAGUUUAAAUAGAGGUUCGCUGUACGCAACCUUACCUUCAAAAUAUGCCAUAAUCAUAUUUAUCUACAUCGCAACCACCCUUCCGCCUCAACAAACAUAUCGAACGCACUCUCCUAAGCUCCACUCCUAGUUUUAUUGUAAAACGGCCGUUGUCAUUUAACACAGUUGAUGCCACCAUGGGGACCCAAGCCUUAGUCAUGAUAGAUGUAAUAUUAUAUACACUUGUAUUCCCUGGAUCAAGUUACAAAAAGGCAAAUACGUUUUUGAAUAGUUUUAGAAAUAACGACGUUGCAGCCCAAGUUUAAUAGAGAGGAGAAGUUGUACGUCACGUUGCCAUGGUAGCAAAAUUUCUGGAUGACAACAAAUCAAAACCUCACUUAAAAAGUGGAGUCGCACUGUUUCAAACUUCAUCGAUCUUUUUAAUUUCAUUUAAUUUGUCAAAUUUUGGAGAAAUUUUCUGGAUUGAAUCUGAAAAGACCGUAUCUAAGUUAAGAAAAAGAAAAGAAAAUUUUUGUGUUGUGUUCACCCACUCGACCUUGAAGAGGGCGGUGAAAUUAAGAAGUUUCAUGUCGCAGUCGUGCAACAACGGCGAAGAAAUCAUGUACAAAAAAGCGUGAUGCACGUGCAAGUUGUUCUUUUACCAAUCUAAACUUACUGCUUUUUGCUGUUGCAGAGCUCCCUAUUGUUGUAAUCCAGAAACUUACCAUUAGUAGUAACGUGACGUCACACUUCUCUUCUCUAUUUUCAUUAAAAGUUGUCGAAAGGGUUAGGGUCACCUAUUAUGCAUGUCUAUUAUUGAUGUUUCGGUUUAGAAAGAUAGUUUGCUAGUUUAUCUACUUAAAUGUUUCGGACUUUUGGCGGGUUGGUGUGGUAGUCUAAUGGAAAGGAGAGAGAGAUUCGGUUACGAAAAAUCCGAGUUCGAACCUGGGUUGAGUGUCUUGAAAAUAGCAGCCUCCGUUGACGAGAGGGAAAUGGAGCCGAUGUCAUGCGCCUUUCAAUCACCCUCUUCCUCUCCUCAAAUCUUUGUAACCAGUUUAGUUUUGAUGUUUAUUUGCUUCACAUUGGUCCUUACUUCUAUCCAGAAAGAGGAUGUAAGCAUCGUUGUCGUUGGAAUACUCGGCAAACACUGGGAGAAGAAAGAAUACAGAAACAAGAUGAAAGAAAUGGCUGGUAAAAAGGGACAAGUGCUCGGAUAUCCGGAUUUUGACAUUCUGGCCAAACGCUUUAAUGAAGUAUUAGAUGCUUUAUGUCGUAAGUAUUUUAUUUUUUUUUUUUUUUAUAGCAGAUUUCUCAAAGACAACGCUACGUCAAAUGAGAAAGAAAUAGUGCGCAGAAAGGACUGAGCCCGACUUCCGGUGCUGAAUUUGUUCCUCUGCCAUUGGUCAAAUCGGUUUUUAGACCUGCGAACAACGUGGUCACUUUCGUCGCGUUAUGUUCUCACAAGCGAGCAAGAUGAAGCAAAAUCUGUGUUCUUUUAGGCCACCCGAGCAGGCAACAUAGCCUUUCUUGUCCGUUCGAGGAUUCUGGCUCUGUUCCCGCGAAAAAAGUUAUCGCACAGAGCAUCGAAUCGAAUACUCCAAAUAAUCCUCGUAGCAGCAUAUAACCUACUAACGUAGACAUACGUUUUAAACAGAGUGCUUUUAAUAUUUUGCGUGUUUUUCAGCGGUGAAUGGAGGUUACACCAACUGGACGAUUUCUGAAUGCAGUGUGUCGUGUGGAGGAGGUGUAAAAAUGUUGACAAGAAGCUGCACCAAUCCUCCACCAGCCAACGGUGGAAAAAACUGCGAUGAAUUGGGACCAGCAAAUAGGACAGAUUCUUGUAAUGAACAAGAGUGCCGUAAGUGUUUUACUGUUUGCUUUGGUUCACUCCCGAAAUGCAAAUAAGAUGGUUAAUAUUGUUUUAGAACAAAGUCUGGCAAGAAUCAAAAAUCAUAUUUUCCUUAUCGCGCAGUCUUGGGAUGUAAAGCCAAAAUUAAUGCCUUAUCUCUCAUGAUUUUCGGCACAAUUUUGAAAACGAUCAAAGUUUUUGCUUUUUGUUAGUGCUUAUCAUUACCAGCAUAUUAUCGAUAUAUUUUUAGUUUUUUUGUUAUUGUCAAGCUCUGUCCAUGGUUCAGUCUAUUCAGUCCUAUACCAGAGCUGCGUUGUUAUCCGUCUUGUACUGAGCAUAUCGACCGUUGAGUCGUUCUAUCACCGGUUCCUGCUUUCACGGGAAACAAGAUUAUGCCAGGCACCUUGCAGAUAGGAGAGAAAGAACAGCCACUUGAUAGGCGUGCCAUCCAGAUCCCGAUUAAACUGUUAAAAAUCCGAGCCUGAAACAAAACAAAGGCAAAUACAAGACUAGGGGCCUGAGAUUAAAAAUGCCAUUAUUACAUGAUUGCAUACAGUUAAGCAAGACGUUGUCAGACUGGGCGUUCUUGUAUCAGGCGUAUGUUAAGUUUUCAUGCGUGUCCGGGUUGUGUGAGUUGUGCAGUAGUGUUGGUUGAGAUAUCUGAAGUGGAAGACAGGAAGACGGGAAGACGAGGACGCGGAAUUUCAAUUUACCACAAGUCGCUUCAAAGGAAAGACUCGCCUCAAAAUUUCUAACAUAAACUAGUUCGCCGAAAGCGCCACAAACGAAUACUAUCAAGAGGCGCAUUAACUUUGAACGCAAAAUCUCUCAAAAUCGCUUAUUAUAAUUAUUUCCAGGAAAACGACAAAAGUUAAUCGUAGAUAAGGUAAUAAAACUUUUAUUUAGCAUUGAUCUAUGCACACAUUUAGCGAUAUGUUUCUAUAGAUAAAGCAAACUGUAAAUUAAGUGCAUGUGAGAAUAGAGAUCGUUCAACUCUCAACUAUAGCCAAACCUGCCAAUUCAAUUAUUUCCGAGAAGUCAAAAAAAAAAGAAAAAUAAUCACCCGGCAUCUAAGGAGGAAUUUCCGUAAAAAUUGAAAAUCACGAUUGUCUUAGCAAUUCCUUGUAAAUUUCUAAAGGACAAAAACGGCACAAUUUUUAAAGAUUUGGGCGUAAAAAACAUAUUGUUUUACAAUAAAUGGAGGCCAAAUGAAUUAUUUUUGUAAAAUCUGGAAGCCCAUUAGUCUUACAGUUCCUCGCAUCACUUGGCUGACAAUCCAUUUUGUAGCCACCAUGUUGUUUGUCAUACAUGUAUUUCAUGUAUAAGCUUAAUUUUAUUGUACUUUUAUAAGAUGUAACUGAAUUACUAUGAAUUUAUUUAUGAUACCUAAAUUUUAUUUAUGAUUCAUUGUCAAAAAUGCUCAGUAGUAGUAGUAGUAGGAAUAGUAGAAGUAAUAGUGAAUUACAUUCCAUUUUUUGCAGCCCCUCCAUGCAUUGCCGGACUAGACAUUGGGAUUGUUUUAGAUAAAUCUAGAAGCAUCAAUAAGGAAAACUUAGAAACAGUUAUCGAGUUCCUAGCAGACCUGGUAAGAAAGUUCAAUCCAGCACCGGACGGGGAUCACUUUGGGCUCAUCACAUUCGACAAGUUUACAAGAUUGGUGUUUAACUUCUCUGACUCUGAAUACUACAACUUGGACAGUCUUGAGAAAAAAAUAGAAAGCGAACCAACAGAAAAAGCGAAAGGUUAUGGAACUCGCACCGAUCUUGCUCUGAUAAUGGCGCGGGACGAGCUGUUUACUCAGGCGGGAGGAGACAGACAAAACAGCCCCAACGUAAUGUUAGUCCUGACUGAUGGAAAGCCCAUUGGAUUGCCGGAAAAUCGCGAUUUUGCAGUAUUUUCUAAAAAUAUAGUGAAAGAUUUCAAGGUAAGUACUUGUUAUAUUUCCUUCUAUCAAGGACACCUUUCACCUUCGGUCAGUUUCGUGAAUCCCUGUUUAUAACAUAUUGUGGCAUGUGUAGCUUAAAGUUUAGAGUUUGUUCCGGUUAAGUUAUAACAAGGAAAGCUAAUACCAUAUCACAUUCGUUUUAAAAUUUAAGUCACGUAACUGAAAACUAUAAUUGUGCUUAACUCACUGAACACUUCUUUGUGGUGCAGUGGAGGCUUUGGUUACCGAACAGUUAACACAUUGCACUUUAUAUCUAUAGGCCCGGGAGGGGCUCGGGUUCAUGCCUUGACAGAGUUUCAGCGAGGGACUGAGAGCGCAACUUACCGUCGUUCGCUGGAAAACGUCACUCUGCAAAAAGCGUGUUAAAGAGCAUGCAAACGGCUAUCUUGAAUGCAUGCCAAAUUAGGAUAAUUAAGUGCGUGGUGGAAUAAACUACAUGUGUAUUCAUUUCAUUCGUUCUAUGUAAGAUUAUCGUGUUCAGGUUCACGUGUAGAUUUAUUUAUUUACUUCUAGUAUAUAUUUACUUUGCUAUCCAUUGGUAACUAACAAUGGUGAAAGGAGUUUGGCACUACCCCUCGGUAUAACCUAAGAACUUAACAUCUGUAACCAACAGACAAGUAUCCAGAGAGAACGACAGAAAGAAAGAAAGAAACUUUUCCUUUUUCUUGUUAGCCAACUUAUGCAUUUUUUUUAUUUAAAGAAAACCAAUCGCGGGAUACUGGCGAAAGGUGACAGUAAAUUUCAAUGACAAUACGUUACUAACUAUAACCGACACCAUUUUAGGUUUCGUGCAGCAUUGUUUAUUGCACUUUCACCUCUUUUCUUUUCUCGGUCUUGUGUUCAAUUUAGGAAAAGGAAGUUCACAUAGUAGCAGUUGGUAUUGGCCACGGAAUAAACACAAACACUCUUAAACUCAUAGCAGGAAAAAACGGAGCUGUGUUUAAUGUCGCCAGCUUCCAGAAACUGCAAGAAGAAAUUGACAGAAUCAAAUCAUCUGUUUGUUCAGGUACUUUGUCUUUUAAUUUUGGUGUCAAGGAAACAAGUUGUUUACAAUCUCGACUAUCUGUUCGGCUCAGUUUGUCCAGUUUCGACAGUCUUUUCUCUUUCUUCUCUUUACUUUGAUCGUCUUUGUGAUAUAAAUCAAAGGGGAUGUGGCUAAAAAUCAAAUAGGCUUUUACCAGGAUUUCUGAUAUGCACUCACAUUCUACCUGAUCCGCUUCUCUCAACAGUACAUGACUUCUUUACAUACUAGUACUGUUUUAAGAAUAGGACCAAAGUCGAAAGAUCUGACACAUGCGCAAUUUUACAAAAUGUACCUAGGGAAAAAGCAUUAGGGAUAGGCCGGCUUUGAAAUUUUACUAGAAUCUGAUGACUAUCUUAAAAUUAAAGAAAUAAUAAAUUAAUAAAAAAAAUAAGCUCACAGAAAUCUCUGAUUUGUUUAUAUAACGCCUAUCUUCUGUCUUGUCUUGGGGUGGAUUUCUACUGUCGCGUAAAUUUCGCGUGCGUACGGACGUAAAAUUUACGUGCGUAAGCUUUGAAAUAGGGCCAGUGUAUGAUAGGCCACGGUCAACUUCAACUUUUACGCGCAACACUUCAUACAUUGCCUCUAUUUUAUUUACGCGUGUAACAUUUCCGUGUGUACAAUUUCGUUCUAGCUUCCUCCCAUCAGCUCGAGCGGAAACGCUUGCUACGUCGGCUAACAUCUAGAUGCAUUUCUAUAAUUUGCAGAUUAAGACGCCACUGCAGGCUACCGGGACGUCGUUAACCAAAACGUGGCCUGAUUUGUGGAAGAUCCGAAGGACUCGGUUUAUAUACUAUUCAGAAAGCCGUAGUUUGGUUGUUGUUUAGUUCAGGAAGUUAAUUUCCAAUGUGGGUAGUUCAUAGUAUCUUGUUGCGAUUUUCUUCAUCUGAAUUACUGAGGAUGGAUUUCCACUGUCGCACAUUUCUUACCUGGGUAAAUGAAAUAGCGACAAAAUGUAUUGAAGGUCGCGCGUAAACGUUAAAGUUGAAACUCCCUCAACUUUCACGUUUACGACACUUCAUACAUUUCCAUUUUAUUUAUCCGCGUAAACGUUACUUGCGUACGCAUAUAAAGCUUAAGCGACACUGGAAAUCCACCCUUACAAUGGUUACCCACGCAAACUGUUACUGUUUGGGUUUUGGUGUCUGGACAUUUAUAGAAACGAAUGAGGAUACCGUUAUUGGCAAUGUAUAAAAACUGAGUGGUGAUAUUCCCGUAUUCAAUCCGUAUUUAGUCUCUAAACGUCAAAUUACCACACUGAUUGAUUGAGUUUCAUGUGAUGCUCCUUUUAUGUUUUUAUCUUGGGCUGUCAGUUUGUAGUGUUAGAUUGGUUUAAAACUUUAUCUACAAUAGGACAGUGGUUUUUUCACUCUUAUUACUGUG